AUGAGAAUGAUUUUUCUCUCAAAAAUUCCUUCUCUCCUCCUUCCUUCACUCAAUGAAGAAAACAACUAUGAAGAUGACGACAACAAUGUUCAUAGAACCAUUCUCGUUCUCUUCGACAAAAAAUACUACAAAUGGAGCCAUAUCUUCGACUUUCAGAAAGGUGUUUGGUGUGUAGGCUCUUCCCACAAUUUCUUGAUUUUUCUUGACAAUAAAGGUUGUCCUUUUCUUGUCAUCCCAUAUUCCAAUGCUUUCAUUCAAGUUCCACCUUUUACCGACUCAUUCAUUCAACAUGCCAAUAUUCCUUCUUAUUCAUAUUACUCUCAAUUCCUUCACAAAUCCUUUAUAUCCAAAGCGGUACUGAUGUCUUCUCCAUCUCCUUUACAAUACACUCUUGCUAUUAUGUAUGAUUACCCUAGUAAGAUUGCAUUUAAUAGCAACCAUAGUACUCAGAAGGUCAUACUCCCUGAAGCGAAACGAUCAUAUUGUGAUAUUGUAUUUGAUAAUAACAUUCUUGACGCUUUGGAUGAAGUUAGGACUGUUGAAGGAUGGGAUUUUCACUGUCAAAAGGUUCCGAAAAAUAUUUUGGAAGUUAAUAAUCCAACCAUUAUGAUAGAUAAGGAAGAAUAUAAAAAAUUUCCAAUUGAUAAAUUUUCAACCAAAUUUUAUUUGGUGAUAUCAGGAAAAGAGUUCAUGUUUGUGGAAAGAUAUAUUGGAAAUUUCGUUAAUGUUAAUGGUGAAGUAGUUUAUGAAGGAUCCACUUUAUCAUAUGAUCAGGUUGAAAAUUAUCCUUACAGAACAAAGCAUUUCAUUAUGUAUAAACUUUACAUGGUAAAGGAAAUAUGGGAAAAUAUUAAGUCACUAGAUGGUCAAGUUGUGUUUGUAGGUGCGAACGAGUCUAAGUUAGUGGAUGCCUCAAGAUGUGAUGGAGAAGGAAAUUCAAUUUACUUUACUGAUGAUAGAUGGGAAGAGAUGGACUUGGACUAUUCAUAUGGUGGACAUGAUUGGGGUGUUUUCAAUUUUCAAGAUUCAAGUGUCAAGCUCUUAGCUCCUUAUGAAAAUAAAAUGAACCCACCACCUAUUUGGGUGGUUCCACUGUACCAUUAA